AUGCUGUCGGGCAUCUGCUACUUCUCUGAUGUGUUCAAGACGCUGGACUCACGGAUGUGCAGUAAUGUUGAGUCUACCCUCCAACUGCUGAUGGAAGACCUGAAGACGUGGUCGUCAGCGGGUGAUGCUGGUAUAGAGCUCUGCUCAACCAUGUUCAAACUCUUCGUGACCGUUCGACAGCUGCUCAAGUACUUCAACAUGCUCGAGGAGAAAGACAGAGCAACAAUGGAGCUGCAGCACUACGCGGAGUGGUUUCAGCCAGUGGUCGUGGUGUGGUUUGAAGUGGCAGAGUACAAAGCACUUCAGAUGGUGGACAAGGCGGUGAACCUUGACAAGGCUGUGAAAGUAGCCAGGGGUCUUAAGUACAGCACAAGUGCAGUCGAUAUUGGCAACACAGUGGCACAGAUGGUGAAAUUCUGGAAGCAGCUGGACUGGCCAGAAGCCAAACAUCGCUUUGCAUAUGUUGUCUUGGUCCUGAAUAGUGUUCACAAUGUGGUGAACAAGUAUGCCGAGCACGUCAUCAAGAAGCUGGAGAAGGUCAGCUUCUACGACGCGGAGGGUCAGUUCGACGUGUCGGAAGAGUUGUGUGUUGUUCAGAACAGUCUCGAUCACGUAGCCGAGUGCAUGGACCGAGUACCAGCUGAUCUGGAGUGGGACAAAGUGGCUGAUGAUUAUGAAGGUUAUGAGAGAGGAAGUCGAGACAAGGCCCACAAGAUGUGUGAACAGAUGGUGAGCAGCUUCCAUGAUGACAUGAACAACAAGCGCUCUAAGAUCGUGGAGCGUAUCACGGAUCGGAUGGGCAAGGAUAUUGUGUCGCACAUGACUCAUUAUGUGACGGAGAUUUCGGACGGAAAGGACCGUGUUCAGGCCAUCAACGCCCUGAUGAUGUACCUGGACACGAAUCUGCAGACUAUGUACACUGAGCUGUAUGAAUCAACGUUUGUGAUUGCCGUGUUCUACCUGUGGGAAUGCGUCCUCAACACCGUCAAGACCACGCUUCUUGCUGACUCAGAGUUCAUCCGUGAACAGCGCAAGGUCCACGGUGUGGGCUAUUACCAGAGUGUCAAGUACCUAUUUGAUGUGGUGGCCGGCUUCUUUGAAAGUGAUACGCUUGGCAUGGACCGCACGAGACUCAAGACAGACCUCUACAAGGAAUUGUAUUCCAAGAUCAACUCGAGCAGUCAGGACAGUACCAUGUUGAUGCGCGAGUACUGCCAAUCACUAUACGCGUCACAGCUCUCAGUUGAUCUCGAAGAGGUGUGUUCAUUCGGCACUGUCAGCAUCUCAAUAGCCUACGACUUUGCGGACACGGAUCUGGCUGUUACGAUUCUUCAUGCGAAGGGAUUGCCGCCAUUGGAUGCAGGAUCAGUGUUCUCUCAUGGCAAGUGCGAUCCCUUCUUUGUGCUGACCCUGGAGCCGCAGGAGCUAUUCCCUGCCAUCGUCGAGCAGAAAACAAAGGUGCAGACGGAAACAGUGACGCCGCUUUACGACGAGACGUUCCAUUUCCAAGUUUCCUCUGAGCUACAGAAGACGGCCGGGUGUUGUCUACAACUUCACUGUUAUGAACGUGACCGCUUGAAAGGCAACCAGCUGAUUGGCGAGGCCAUUGUUCCAAUCCUGCUGUCGGAGUUGGGCUGCACGAAGAGUGUGCGCGGCAAGACGCACGUUCUGCCGCUGUGCCACCCGCAGCUGUACCACGAUGGUGCAUUCAAUGUCCUGUGCACACGAGAGGAGUUCUGCAACGACGCCGCGAGCUUUCUAAAACGACGCCGCAAGGUGUUCCAGUCUGCCAGCGAAACGUUCGCAAUCCUGGAGAAGCGCUCCAAGAAGAAAGGCUUGAUGCGGACUUGCUCGGCUGUGCUGCAGAGCCACGAAUGAAUAGUGGUGCUGGUCGCCAGAUCCCCUCACCUGCCCGACCCGUUCCCCAAGAACACGAUAUAGCAGCACUGCGCGGUGCAACGCUGUUGAACUCGUAAUUCUCCCCAAAGUUGAUUGAUCACGCUCGUCUUUUCAGUGUGUGUGUGUGUGUGUGUGUGUGUGUGUGUGCGUGUGCGUGCGUACACGCGUGUGCAUGAGCAUGUGUGUGUUUUUAUUACGUUAUCUCCGUUUUGAAACAUUUUUAUUGACUACUUGUUGUACAUCGGUUUUACAAAAUUAAUUAUGAUUAAACGGUGGGAUAUUUGCGCCGCUAGAUAUUUCCUAAAACGGUCUCUCCUACAUUGCAUGUACAUGUACAAAAAUGCAUCGCCGAAGUUUGCUUGGCUUAUUGUAUGUAUGCGCCUGGCUCACUAUGUUUGUUCUAGAGUUGAAGGGCACUAUCUGCUAUACUCCUUUGGAGUUGGUAUACGUCUGAUGCAAAUGCUAACCCCCCCCCCCCCCCCUGGUUCUCUUAAUGCAUGCGCUGCUUUUGCCACUGUUACAUAUCGUUCUUCGCUGAAUCAAUCUCUCACUUCGCUAGCCGGAGCUGCUCCAUGUGCGUCCUUUAUUUUGCUUGUAUUUUUUUUAAACCGUGCCACUCCUCAGUUUGCUUUCUCCCCGCAAAUUGUUUAUGAAUAGCAAACGUCGCCCAUCACCUAUUGUAGUGUCUAUUUUCAGUAUUUUCAAAGAUUUUUUUCACGCAAAUCAGUUUCUAUAAUAAUAUCCUGUAGCAGCGGACUAGCGGUAAGACGGAACACGUUGUUUUUGAGACUUUUGACUAUGUACACUAGUAUAUGCUAAGCCGCCCGAGCUGAGCCGCUCUCGCUCAUCUCCUCCGGCAUCAGAAUCCGCUGGCAUGAUCUUUCGCUCGGACAUGCUUCCGGAGCUGCUGCUGACACCUAUUCUUACCAUUGAUCAUGAGCGUGAGUCCCGACUAUGGGCUCUUGUUGAUAAUAUCAUUAUAGAUGUGUACAUGACUGUACAAUGUAUGGACUAGCGGUAAGACGGAACACGUUGUUUUUGAGACUUUUGACUAUGUACACUAGUAUAUGCUAAGCCGCCCGAGCUGAGCCGCUCUCGCUCAUCUCCUCCGGCAUCAGAAUCCGCUGGCAUGAUCUUUCGCUCGGACAUGCUUCCGGAGCUGCUGCUGACACCUAUUCUUACCAUUGAUCAUGAGCGUGAGUCCCGACUAUGGGCUCUUGUUGAUAAUAUCAUUAUAGAUGUGUACAUGACUGUACAAUGUAUGUGUUCAUGUACAAAUUCUGAUAGCUCCAUGCCAUGGCUCUUCCCUGUCAGUCCUGGCAGGUACAUGUAGAUAAUUAUUAUUAUUAUCGAUUCGGGGCAUUCUGCCCCGGGACCGGGUAAAUUUUUUGCCCGUGUGAGAUGUAUAUUCUGAUGCCUAAUACAGAAUUACUUUGCUCUGUCUGAA